AUGGUUAUCCCCACCAAGUACCAUCACAUCCCUGUGGAGAACCUUAACCAAAGAUCGAACCAAAACCCUCAUCAAGAUGGAAGGGCGGCGACACUAGGGUUUCAAAAAAAUAAGAAUGUUGGCGACGCUAGGAGAUCUAAAAACUCUUAUGAAGAUGAGACUGACCUUCUCUACUUUGCUUGGCUAACCCAAAAUAUGUAUCUUAAGAGAUGA